AGGUGAACAACUUUUCAGCUCUAAAUUUGGCCGCCGCAGAUGAAGAUAGUUCAAUCUCAGUUGCUAUGGUUUCGUUUGGUUAAAAUUUCUUCGUAGAUCUUAGGAAUAUUUUCAGAAAACUUUGGCGAUUUUAACCUUUCACUUUUCUCUUAAAUGCAUUCUUUUAUAUGGAACGAAAAGUUCUGGCUCCCACCUAACAAGACAUGGGAGUUAAUGAAAGAAAUAAACUCAGAUGGUAUAUCACCUACACUAACAAAAUCUUUGGACUGCUUUUAUGUGGUUGCUUUACUAACAGCCAUUCGUUAUUAUUUAAAAGAGUUUGUUUUUAUUCCUCAUGGUCUGUCACUGGGUUUGCGCUUUCCUAAAAUAUCACAUGUUCCUGAUAUACCUGUCUUAGAGAGGGUUUUUAGAAAAACUCAUAAACCGACACAUGCGCAAAUAAAAGAACUUUCGAAAACUCUUAGUUUAGGCGACCGAUCGAUUGAAGUGUGGUUCCGAAAAAGACGUAAUCGAGAAAAGUCUUCAACCAUUGUGAAGUUCGUGGAGUCCGAAUGGAAGUUAUGUUACUAUACUACCAUGUUUUUGUAUGGAUUAUUUGUAUUGCACGAUAAGUCUUACUUCUGGGAUGUGAAAGACACAAUGUUGAAUUAUCCAUUUCACGUCUUGACUCCGGAAAUCCAUUGGUAUUAUAUGAUACAACUUGGAUACUACACAGCUUCAUUAUUAUGGAUUUUUUAUGAGGUUAAACGAUCGGAUUUCAAAGUUCUCCUUAUGCAUCAUAUUUCAACGGUUUUGUUGUUAACAUUUUCCUAUGUUACAAAUUAUCAUCGAGUUGGUGCUGUUGUUCUCAUACUUCAUGAUAUUGCCGACUGUUGGAUGGAAGCAGCUAAAGUUUGCAAAUAUGUCAAUAAACACGUCACCGCUGAAAUUUUAUUUUCUAUUUUUGUACCCAUUUGGAUUGUGACACGACUGACUUAUUUUCCACUAUGGGUAAUUUGGGCAAUUAUUAAAUUUAACGUCUUUGUAAAUGGUCCAUAUCCAGCUGUUUCUAUAAUGCUUGGAUUUUUAUUAGUUUUACAAAUUUUACAUAUCUAUUGGUUUUGUUUAAUUGUAAAAAUUGCUAUACAAGUAAAAUCAAAAGGACAUCUUGUCAAAGAUUGUCGUAGUGAAAGUGAACUCUCCGAUGAAUCCAAUCAUCUAAUGAAAUCAGAUUCAAUGCAAGAACAACAUUGUCACAAUCAUAUUCAUCAUGCCAAUCAUACUGUGAUGAAAAGUAAUGAUAAUAAUAAUAAUAAUAAUAGUGUUAACACAAAUGGUGAUAUGUAUAACAAUGAAAACAAUUCAAAACAUGUAUAUCAACGUUACAAACAUUGUAUGCAAUCGGAUAAAGGAUUAAAUUGAAAAUGUGUUGUUUCCUUUUCUGUAUGUGUGCGUGUGUGUGUGUGUGUGUGUGUGUUUUUCCGACAUUCUCUUGUUAAUUAAUUAGCCAAGAAAAAAACUGUUUGAGAAAAAAACACUUGUCUUGUUUUUUUUUUAAUCAGUUUCUUGUUGUAGUUUUGCACAUAAAAUUGUUUGAUAUAAUAUUUUCACACUUGUUGUUGACAAUCAAUUUGUUGUACAUGAGAUGGAAUGAAUGAAUAUACACAGGAACAAUUAUUAUCUCCAUCUUACUUAUAUGAUGCUAGUUAUAUUUUUACUCUGAAUUAUCUAUUCUCUGUCAAUUGAUUUUUGUUUUUUUUUGAUAACUAUAACUAUAGUCUUUCGUAUAUACUUUGUGUGAUCAUUGAUUUGUAAAAUAUAAUUUGCUCGAUUGUUUUGA